AGCAACGCAUCCCAAUAUCACUAAAAUAUGUCUGUCCAGAACUCAGCAGAAAGGCAUUGCAGGAACAAGCAUAAUCAAAAGUUGGGAACUACUGAAGGAAACACAGCAGAUUUAAUGGGAAUCCCAGAUGAAAAAGAAUUUUGAUUAUUUAAGGUAUUUAAUGUGCAUCAACUGUUGUGAAAUAAUCAAUACAUUUUAAAUAGCUUGCACAUGAUCAGCUGUAAAAAUAUUACAGCAGAAACCCAAAAAACAGUGUUGUAAAUAGCCUCAAUAGUUUACUGCAUCGCCCGACCACCAAGUUUCUCUCAGCAUUAAGGGACCAUUAUCCAUCCAUUAACCAUUCCUAUCAUUGGCCAACGGAGCUCCAUAGUACACAUAUAAUGUGAACAUUGUCUAGCCCUGUAACUCCCAACAACGGAAUCGGCAAUGCAGCAGUAUCCAAGGCCAAUAAAUCCUCAAAAGAGAGCUGGACAGCAUGCUGCAAUGAUUUCACAAAGUUGAACUUGUACUACAACCUGUUUCCAAGCUACAAGAUCCCUCCAAAAUUUUUUAAAAUGGUAAAACACAGAAAGGGCAAAAUGCAGUUUCCAUGUGUAAAAAGGUUUUAAGGCCCUUGUUAAUCAGAUAUAGAUAUAUUCUAUGCACAUUGAAAAGUAGAAUUU